AUGGCAACGCUACGACGUAGUUUGUAUAGAAUUCAGAACUACAUCGAGGACUUGAAUCCUCUGGUCAUCUGUUUUGUUAUUGCAUUUUUCAUAACUGUCCCAAUCGUUAUUUAUACAGAUACAGGAUCAGAAAUUCAGAAUAAGAUUCUGAUAUUGAACUCGGCUCAAAAUACAGAUUCUAAACAUGAUUCCACAUUCUAUAGGGGUUGUGUAGACACUAAUGAAUAUUUACGAAAUCCCAUGUACGUCAAACAAAAUGCAACAUUUGUUAUGUUGACAAGAAAUGAAGAAUUAUACGAGGUCAUCUCCACAAUAGAAAGUAUAGAAUCACAUUUCAACCAGUGGUUCCAUUAUCCAUACGUUUUCUUAAACAAUGAUGAGUUUACAGAUGAAUUUCAGAAUGCGAUCAAUGAAGUGAUAUCUUCUCAGGCAUAUUUUGGGCUUGUAGACCCUCAAGAUUGGGAUAUCCCAAUUGAUGAAGCCGAUCGUAUCAAGUAUGAGGAACAUAUUGAAGACCAAGGUGAUCGUGGCAUUUACUAUGGUAAUCUGGAAACGUAUCAUAAGAUGUGUAGAUAUUAUUCCGGUAAAUUUUAUCAACAUGAAUUAGUUUCUCAGUUCGAAUGGUAUUGGAGAAUUGAGCCAAACGUAGAAUUUUUCUGUGAUUUGUCGUAUGAUCCAUUCCUAGAGAUGUCCAAGCAUGGUAAGAAGUAUGCAUUUACCAUAGUGAUACCUGAAAUUUAUUGGACGGUGCCAAAUUUAUUUAGAUCCAGUAUGAGUUACAUUAAAGAGAAGAAUAUUACCGUGGGGAGUCUUUGGAAAAUGUUUACGUAUGAUUAUAACAUAUUAGACGUUGAAACAGAGGAUGAAUUUGAAGAUCUAGCCAGGUGGGUAAAUUAUGAGAGUGAUAUAAUGGGUAGAAUUUCAGAAAAAGUUGCCAUUGAUUACAUUAUGGAGACGCCUGAAACGUAUGAAUAUAACCUUGAAUCGUUAAGAAGAUUGAUUGAUAGAGCACAGUCCAAGGUGCCUAUUGUAGAGGAUAAAUUUGAAAAUCAAGAGUAUAAUCUUUGUCAUUUUUGGUCGAAUUUUGAAAUUGCCAAAGUUGAUAUCUUUAACAAUGAUAUUUACAAUGAUUAUUUCAAGUUCUUAGAAGAGCAACAUGGGUUUUGGGAAGAGAGAUGGGGAGAUGCUCCUGUGCAUUCACUUGGAUUGAGUCUCGUGUUGAAUGUUACCGAUGUGCAUUAUUUUAGAGACAUUGGAUAUCGACAUUCUACGUUACAGCAUUGUCCCAAGAAUGCGCCUGGUAUGAAUGAAUUUAAGUAUGAACCAAAUGAGAGUAGAUGGAAUCGUCGAGGUAAGUAUUUCUGGAACUCAGUAAAAUACGAUAGAGAAUCUGAAGUAGGCAGUGGAUGUCGAUGUAGAUGUCCCAAGAUGAGAGAAGUUGAGGAUAACAAUUCAUUGUGUUUGAACAAAUGGUUAGAUUUGACACAUUUAGACGAUCCAAAUCUCACGAGAAAAGCUACGCAUAAUCCCAAAGAAAUUUUCAAUUCUAUAAGAAAAGAUUUCAUUAAGGAUCUUGAUUAA